GGCAGAGUCCGACAGAGAAAGAGUGGAGAGAGACUAACAGCAUUCCCGACAGUAUUGACAAUUAUAGGAAGCAAUUCCUUUGCUAGUGUCCUUCUGCAAAGACCAAGAAUUAAAGGAUCAGAAUGAAGUUUAUCAUUGGAAUUGGAGGUGUGACCAAUGGAGGGAAGACAACUUUGACGAAUAGACUUAUAAAGAACUUACCGAACUGUUGUGUGAUACAUCAAGAUGAUUUUUUCAAGCCCCAAGAUCAGAUAGGAGUUGGGGACGACGGCUUUAGACAAUGGGAUGUGAUGACCGCCUUAGAUAUGGACGCUAUGGUGAACACGGUAAAGGGAUGGACGGAGAACCCGGUGAAGUUUGCUCGCUCUCAUGGCGUAACCGUUUCAGCCAUGCCUGACCGCUCGAACCCUGAGCGCGAGAUCCACGUCCUCGUUGUCGAAGGAUUUCUUCUAUACAACUACAAGCCGUUGCUUGAUGUCUACAACAAGUGCUACUAUGUCACCAUUCCAUACGAGGAGUGCAAAAGUAGAAGAAGUACAAGAAAUUACACCGUUCCCGACCCCCCUGGUCUGUUUGAUGGCCACGUUUGGCCCAUGUACUUGAAACACAGGAAAGAGAUGGACAACAAUGGCCUAGAUAUCCAAUAUCUGGAUGGAAUGAAAUCCAAAGAGGACAUCUAUAACCAAGUUUACAAAGACAUUCAGAACACACUGUUGAAUUCGGUAUAGCAUCUCCAGAUGGCGUGAGGAUGUUUGUGUAUAGGACUGUAAAUAGUAUCUUUAGUAGAUAAGGCUUUGGCCGCUGGACACAUUUUGUAAAUAAUAUAAUCAAAUACUAACUUAUUGUAAAACUGAUGGCAAAAGCCUGCAAUUUUAUAUUGUUUUAUGUAACUUGUCUUGAAAGUCAUAAAAGUCAUUUG